CCCAAAUGUCCAACUCCGGCGCUUCAACCGCCGGCCUCAGCCCCGACGACUCCCCCGCCGCCGCUUUCAGCUCUGAAAAAAUCGGAAAAUUCGGUUACGGUAUCGGCAUCUCGGUCGGCAUCCUCCUCCUCAUCACCACCAUCACCCUCAUGUCAUACUUCUGCACCCGCUUCUCCACCGCCGCCGGCUCCUCUUCUCCGCCCCACCGCGGCGCGGGAGCCGAUCCCAACGGCGACGAUGAAGCGGAAAACGAUAUCGAGGCGGGGGUCGAUGAGGCCACUCUCAAGAGUUGGGAAAAGGUGACUUUUGCGGAAGCCAAGCGGCGGGAUCCUCGGGCGGGCGACGAUGGCUGCUCGGUGUGUUUGGCUGACUAUGGAGACGAGGAGUUGUUGCGGCUGUUGCCGGAGUGCGGUCAUGUGUUUCAUGCGAAGUGCGUGGAUCCUUGGCUACGGCGGCACCCCACUUGUCCGGUGUGCCGGGCGUCGCCGGUGGUUAGUCCGCUGCCGACGCCGUUGGCCGAGGUGGUUCCACUUGCGGCGGCGAGAUAGUUGCCGGAAUAUUUUAUUGGCUUCUAAAUUUAGGAAGUGAGAUCAAAUGCAACAUAGUGAUUUUAUUUUGAGUUCUAUGUUGUAUUUUACAAGAAAUUAAUUGUAAGAAAAUAAUAAUUUUUUUAUAUUUUGAUGUGACAUCGUCAUAAGAUAUAAUCUGAUAUGAUGGUAAAAAGGAAAUGUGUUUGCUCCUCUGAGCAGA